AUGGCGGGACCAGGGGGCUGGAGGGACAAGGAGGUCACCGAUCUGGGCCACUUGCCGGAUCCAACUGGAAUAUUCUCACUAGACAAAACCAUUGGCCUUGGUACUUACGGAAGAAUCUAUUUGGGACUCCAUGAAAAGACUGGCGCAUUUACGGCUGUUAAAGUGAUGAACGCCCGUAAGACUCCUUUACCUGAAAUAGGAAGGCGGGUGAGAGUGAAUAAGUACCAAAAGUCUGUUGGAUGGAGAUACAGUGACGAGGAGGAGGAUCUCAGGACUGAGCUCAACCUUCUGAGGAAGUACUCUUUCCACAAAAACAUUGUGUCCUUUUAUGGAGCAUUUUUCAAGCUGAGUCCCCCUGGCCACAGACACCAACUUUGGAUGGUGAUGGAGUUAUGUGCAGCAGGCUCAGUCACUGAUGUAGUGAGGAUGACAAAAAAUCAGAGCUUAAAAGAAGAUUGGAUUGCUUAUAUCUGCCGAGAAGUCCUUCAGGGCUUAGCUCAUCUUCAUGCACACCGAGUCAUUCACCGGGACAUCAAAGGUCAGAAUGUGUUGCUGACUCAUAAUGCUGAAGUAAAACUGGUUGAUUUUGGAGUGAGUGCUCAGGUGAGCAGAACUAAUGGAAGGAGAAAUAGCUUCAUUGGGACACCAUACUGGAUGGCACCUGAAGUGAUUAACUGCGAUGAGGACCCACGGCGUUCCUAUGACUACAGAAGUGAUGUUUGGUCUGUGGGAAUCACUGCUAUUGAAAUGGCAGAAGGGGCUCCUCCUCUAUGUAAUCUUCAGCCCUUGGAAGCCCUCUUCGUUAUUUUGCGUGAAUCUGCUCCCACAGUCAAAUCCAGUGGCUGGUCCCGCAAGUUCCACAAUUUCAUGGAAAAGUGCAUGAUAAAGAACUUCCUGUUUCGUCCUACUUCUGCAAACAUGCUUCAGCACCCAUUUGUUCGCAGUAUAAAACAUGAGCGGCAUGUUGUGGAGUCAUUAACAAAGCAUCUUACUGGAAUCAUUAAGAAAAGAGAGAAAAAAGGGAUCCCUUUGGUUUUUGAAAGAGAAGCUAUUAAGGAGCAAUACACCAUGAGAAGAUUCAGAGGACCCUCUUGCACUCAUGAACUUUUAAAAAUACCAACCAGCAGCAGAUGCAGACCACUUAGAGUCCUGCAUGGAGAACCAUCUCAACCGAGGUGGUUACCUGAUCAAGAAGAGCCACAGGUCCAGGCACUUGAACAACUACAAGGGGCAGCUAGAGUGUUCAUGCCCAUACAGGCACAGGACAGUACACAAAGACCUCUACAGAAUCAGGUGCAGGCACCUCCACGAUUACAAAAGGCAGCUAGGGUUUUCAUGCCACUACAAGGUCAGGUGAAGUGUAAGGCAUUUAGGCCUCUACACAUGGAGAUCAAGGCACCUCCACGACUACGGAAGCUAUCUGGCAUGAUCAUGCCACUACAGGCUCAGGGCAAGAUGGCUAGGCCUUCACAGAAAGAGAGCUCCAUACCCAAAGAACAACAGGCUCAGACCCAGGAAAAGAAACAACCACAAGAUUUGGACCAGGUGCCAGAGGAAUUUCAGGGGCAAAAUCAGGUACCUGAACAACCACAAAGACAGGGCCGGGCUGCUGAACAACGGCAAGGGCAGAACCAUCUCCCUGAACAGCAUCUGGACCAGAACCAAGCACCUGAACAGCCAGAGGUACAGGAACAGGCUGCUGAGCCUGCACAGGCUGAGGUUGAGGCUCAGGCACCUGAGACAUUACUAGUACAUGCCCAAGUGUUCCUGCCCCUACUCUCACAGAACCACCAUGUUCUCUUGCCACUACAUUUAGAUACUCAGGUGCUCAUUCCAGUAGGGGAGGGAAAUGAAGGGUCACCGCAGAUACAGGCCUGGGCACUAGAGACCUCACAGGCAGUUGAGUCAGUUCAAGCUCUGAUAGAAGGACUCUCAAGAGACUUGCUUCGAGCACCAAACGCAAGUAACUCGAAGCCACUUGGUCCACUGCAAACCCUGAUGGAAUGCCUCUCAUCAAACAUAUUUUACACUCAACCAGAACCAACCAGGAAGAAAAAAUCAAAAGUUUCUAGUCUGAGGCAAGCAUUAGCAAAAAGACUUUCACCAAAAAGGUUUAGGGCAAAGUCAUUACGGAGACCUGAAGAGCUUGAAAUUGAGGAUGUAGAAGCCCGCAGAAGAAGGCGCCAACGCAGAUGGGAGGACAUCUUUAAUCAGCAUGAGGAAGAACUGAGACAAGUUGAAAAUGUCCAAGAGAGAUCUUCUUCUAUGCGUAACAACCACAAUCAUACACAGCGUGUGAAGUUCUCCUCAAGUGUACCUCAGCAGUCUCUUUUGGAACAAGCUCAGAAGCCCAUUGACAUCAGACAAAAUCCUGAGAAUUGUCCUGAAGCAUCAGAAUCUUCUUCUGAAGAGGAGAGUCCCAGGGUUGUGAGGAGGUCCCAGUCAUCACCUCCUUAUUCUACUAUUGAUCAAAGCUUGCUGAUUGAUGUCCAUGUUCCAGAUGGAUUUAAAGUAGGAAAAAUAUCACCCCCAGUAUAUUUAACAAAUGAAUGGGUGGGCUAUAAUGCACUCUCUGAAAUCUUCCGGAAUGAUUGGUUAAUUCCGGCACCUAUUGUUCAGCCACCUGAAGAGGAUGGUGAUUAUGUUGAACUCUAUGAUGCUGGUGCUGAUACUGAUGGUGAUACUGAAUCUAAUGCAUAUAGACAUACCUAUGACCAUGCCAAUGAAAAUGCUGGCUUGGAUAACCACUUUGAGCAGACAAAGUAUGUUUGUGAAGACCAAAAUAAUGCUGAUGGCAAUGAGGAGUCUGUUGAUGAUGUACGUGGUAAUCAUGAUGGUGCUUCUAACUGGCCAAGAUAUGGAAGAGAUGGAAGCUACAAACAAGUUGGUAAUAAUGGAAAAGAAGGAGCUGGCAGAGGCUAUGGAAAUGAUAAGGCCAGGAGCAGCUAUGGAAGAAGUGCUGUAGGUGGAGCCAGUGCAGCUUUUGGAGAUCCGGAAGAAUAUGGAGCCAAUACAGGCAGUGGAACACGUGGCAGGAAUAAUGGUGCUAUGGCAGUCGGUGGAAUCAGUGAAGAGAAUGGAGCAUGUGGAUUCAGUGACGGAGAAAAUUACUCAGCAAUAGAUGGACUGGGACUAGAGAGACAUGUCUUCCAGGACGUGGAACCUGAACUAGAGGAAUUGAAUGGUGAAAGUGAUGCCUCAAAUUCCAUCGCCUCAGAUAUUACACCCCCAGGAUUUGAUGAAGAAAUUGACAUAUCAGUAUCAUCAACCUCAUUGGGAUUUUCUCCCGCCCACUCAUCUCCUUCCAAAGAUUCUGAGAGGACUACUGAUGCUGACUGUGACAGUGCCAUCUUAUAUGCUGGAUUUGUUGAAGUACCUGAGAAAUUACCUAUGCUACCCUCUGAAGUCAAUGUUAACCCAUUCUAUGUCUCUCCUCCAUCUAAAAAACCACUUAUCCACAUGUAUGAAAAGGAAUUUACUUCUGAAAUCUGCUGUGGUUCUUUAUGGGGAGUCAAUUUGCUGCUGGGAACUCGCUCUAAUCUGUAUCUGAUGGACAGAAGUGGAAAAGCAGAUAUUACUAAACUUAUAAAGCGAAGACCCUUCCGCCAGAUUCAAGUUGUAGAGCCACUCAACUUGCUGAUUACCAUCUCUGGCCGUAAGAAUAGACUUCGGGUAUAUCAUUUGACUUGGCUUCGGAACAAGAUUCUGCAUAAUGAUCCAGAAAGUAAAAGGCGUCAAGAAGAAAUGCUGAAGACAGAGGAAGCUUGCAAAGCUAUUGACAAGCUGACUGGCUGUGAGCACUUCAGUGUUCUCCAACAUGAAGAAACAACCUACAUUGCAAUUGCUCUGAAGUCAUCCAUUCACCUUUAUGCAUGGGCACCAAAGUCCUUUGAUGAAAACACUGCUAUUAAAGUGAUAUGCACUGAUCAAUCAGCAGACUCCGAAGGAGACUAUAUGUCCUAUGAAGCCUAUAUACGAAUACUGGCAAAAAUAAAAGCAGCUGAUCCAGCGAACAGGUUUAAGAGACCAGAUGAGCUCCUCCAUUUGCUAAAGCUCAAGGUAUUUCCAACUCUUGGUUAUAAGCCAGUGACAGUUGACUUAGCAAUUGGUCCUGAGAAGACAUUGAAGAUUUUCUUCAGCUCAGCAGAUGGUUAUCAUAUCAUUGAUGCGGAAUCAGAAGUUAUAUCUGAUGUGACCUUGCCAAAUAAUUCCAUGGAUAUCAUUCUACCACAGAAUAUCAUCAUUUUACCUGAUUGCUUGGGGAUUGGUGUGAUGCUCUCCUUCAAUCCUGAAGCUCUCUCUGUGGAAGAAAAUGAAGAACUGUUCAAGAAGGUCCUUGAAGUGUGGAGAGAUAUACCAUCUUCUGCAGCUUUUGAGUGUACACAGAGAACCACUGGAUGGGGCCAGAAGGCCAUCGAAGUGCGCUCUUUGCAAUCAAGAGUUCUGGAAAAUGAGCUGAAGCGCAGGGCAAUCAAGAAUCUGAGAUUUCUCUGUACCCGAGGUGACAAGGUGUUUUUUACCUCUACCCUGCGCAACCACCACAGCCGAGUGUACUUCAUGACUCUUGGGAAACUUCAAGACCUCCAAAGCAAUUAUGGUUUUUAAAAGGUUCCAGUGAUUUGUUACAUCUACAUUUAUGAUACAUAUUCAAUUGCAUCUUCACAUUUCUGAGAUUAAAUGAGCAUUCUUUUAUUGCUAGAGAAAAAAUUAAAUCAGAAACUUAACUUUUUAUGUAGCACAGAGUAGUUUUAAUGAGAAAUGCAGCUUUAUAUAUAAAAUUAACAAUAGCAAGCUCUAUGUACUCCAAUGAUGUACAAUGUCUUUUGCACAAACUUUGUAACUUUUGUUACUGUGAAUUCAAACAUUAUUCUUAGGUCAGUCUGGACAGUAUCUGUAUUCAGACUUACAAUACUAAGUAAAGAAUCUUAUUAUGAGUUAGAUUACCAACAAAAGAAUUGGCCAUGAAUAAAACUUCUCCAGAGGAGAAAAAAGUUAAAUUUAUCCAUGAUUUUUUUCAAAGAAACAAAGAUUGUAAUGACUAUGUGAUAGUCUAGACUAUGGUUGAACAACCUGCAUGCCCAGAGUACUUUGAAGUGAUAAAUGAGGACACAUCCUCCAUCUCCUCCCAAGUAAGAUCAUAGUCAAAGGCUAGUUGUAUUCUUUUUUACUCCUUGUUCAACUGGUUUUCUCCCUAUGAGAAGAAUAAAGGGAGGGUUUAUAUGCUUGAUUUUCCUCGGAAUCCUCAAAGACGUGCAAUAGCUAUUUUUACAAAUCACUAAAUUAUAUACUUGUAAGGCUGAAUACAGAACUGAACUUCAAUACAUAUGUACUGUAGAAAGAGUUUUCUCUUUUUAAUACUUUAAGUAGGCGUCAAAUUCUGUGCCCAAAAUUAACUUUUUUUUUCAAAAUCAUUACCUGGCCAAUAAUAUGACAUUCACACAGCACUAAAUAUUUACCCAAACCUAAAUUCAAGUGCUUAAAAUUUUCCACUUACUAAACAACAAAAAGUGAUAAAACAUAAAACAAAAGACUUCAAUGAUGAAUACUUACAAUUUCAUGUUUCAAAUGCUGUAAAAUCAGUAACUAAGAUUACUCAAACCCAGAUUUAGUGUUUUCUAUAAUGAAAUGAAGAUUUUGAAAAAAAAUAUCUACAUCUGUAAAGUUAGAAUAGUGAAAGUCAUGCUAGGCCCAUCACUCAAAAAUGGUAUAGACGCCAUAGAUAGGUGAUGUUUAGUCACCUAUGGUAACUGCUACCUGGUGAAAAGCAUAAUUAAUACAUAUCCAUCCUCAAUGUCAAGGUUAGUUCUGGGGCAAGAAGCCAAAGAACCACCACAAAGUAUACCUCAUUAAGAAUUCCUCUAGCUCUGCUUCUAAAAUCUUUAGAUGGUGCUAGCAGGACAGUAAGUUUUAAACUACCUUGUUACCCAAAAAUCAAAAGCAGCUGAUUACAUGUGAAUUCAUGAUAGCACAUCAUUUCUUGGCACCCAAGUGCCAAAACUGAAGAUUUGGAUUUUCCUAACAACUUUUAUCAAGAUCAAGAGUGUAGUAACUCAGAGUUGAGAAUGUAGGAGAACUUGAAUCCGUUAACUAAAGAAAUAAAUGUGAAUCACGUUCUGUUACUGUGAUACAAUAAUGUGAUUCUCCAACUGGCUCAUCCUUCAGUGUUUACAACACAAACGACUUUUUAAAUGCAAUCGUUUUGCAAAGGAAAACAAACUUCUAUUUCAAAAUAUUUUCAUAGAGGUAGUGUACAUUAUUAUGUUUGUACACCAAUAGGCCAUGGGGAACUCUGUGCAAGUACCUCAUUGCUGAGCAAAUGGAGCUUGCUAUGUUUGAAUUUCAGAUUUUUUUCUCAUUUAUGUAGUAUGUAGGAGCAAGUCUUUUAAUUCUUUUUUUCUUAAUAGUAUGUACUCAAAGUUAAAAUCAUAUAGUUAAAAGUAGUUUAGGAAGUCAACUCCCGUUGUCCUCUGUGGCGCUUAUCCAGCAAACAUAGGCAAGAGUGAAGAGAAUCUUUGAGAUGUUUCAAAGCAACCACACAUGAAAGAAUGGAAAUGUGUAACUGAGCUUUAAAGGACAUGAUGUUAAUGAAGAAAGAAAGCUAGGCACAUAGCAAGAAGGGAGAUUAUGAAAUGAGCAGCCAUAUAGAAAAGAUUGACAUUAUUUGAAAUCGUUCAUAGGUAAAAGACAUUUCCAAUAGAGAUUCAAAUCAGUCAGGAUUUACAUCCUUUUCUAACUGAAAUAAGAAAGUGAAGGGACAAUGAAAUCUUAAAAGUACCUUGCUGGGUGCUUCGUAAUAGAUGGAAGAAAUUAUAUCUCUACAUCACUUAGAGUAACAACACCUGGAAGCUCUAGCCCUUCCCAGAAGGGUGGGAUGAAUUUUCUGGAAGGCAGUUUUCCCUAGUCAUUUUGUUUGAAGCAUGGAAGAUUUAGCAGGUUGUGAGCAGCACUGUUUGUUUUUAUUUUAGUGAAAUUUUGUUUUGUUUUGUUUUGUUUUUCACCAAAGCCAUUUUCCAUAAUAAACCACAUUAUUGGAAAUAUAUGAAAACUAGAAAAUAAUGGCUAAACCCAAGUUGAUGAGAAAAUUUUCUGAGUGGUUGAGUCAGUUAAAGGAAGGUAAGAGCCUGAGAAGAAACAGUAAGAAAGUGUAAUCAUUUAGAUGGUAAAAUAUGCAGGAAUCACACAUGUAUUCUUACUCUUUCUUCCUCCCUCUCCUUCUCUCUUUCCUUCUUCUUCUUCCUCCCUGUGUCUUUCCCUCCCCUCCUCCUUCUCUCUUCAUCUUCCUCUUCUCUAUUUCACACACAGUUACUAUUUUCAGUAAAACACAUUAGAAUGCACACAAUUUAACUUUCAAUAACACAUUAUAAUACACAAAUUUUAAUGUAUUCAGUAACACGUUAGAGUACAAACAUUGCAACAUUUUUAUUACUACCAGUUUUGAGAUAAAUUGCAAUCACUAAGUAAUUUUUUUUACCAAAAGUCAACUAGUUUAGAUGAUAUACAUAAACUGAGGAAUGCAACACACAUGCAAUGGGAUCUUUUAAGUACUCUUCAAUUUGUUUCUAGAAAUGUAUGCCUCUUUUAAACAACUUAUAUCCAACCUAUACUCUUAAAAAUAUUGUAACAGUCUUUGAGACUGCUAAUUGUUUAAUCAGAAAUUCUGU